CCGUACAUGCGAUUUGUUUGUUUGUUUGCCUUGUUUGCCUUGUUUGACUGCUCUGAACGGCGGGGCUGAGUGGGCGGCGGGCUGGUCCUACAUAUAUGUUACGGCAGUCCCCGUGGGAAUAUAACCCUGACAUAUUGCAUCACGUAUAGAGGCAGUGUGAAAUGGGUGAUAACUCUGGAUAUUCAUACAUGUAACUGGCUACCUGCAAUCAAAUUUUGGUAUGUUGAUGCUUGGCGAGCUACAUAUCUACGGUUGCGUCUUGCGUCAUCUCCAUCUUUGACGACUGCGCAAAAGACCAAUCGGUUUACCGGCGUUCCACUUUGUAUUUCCCUUUUCCUUGUACUUGCACGCACCGUACACAUAUAUCUUCCUCUUUCGGUGCAAGGCAGGCCAUACAUCAUGUCCAAACAAUAUCUUACUCUUCACACCAUCUCCGAUGCACACCCAUCCGACAUCUUCGCUCUCGCCUCCACACCAACCUCCCUUCUCUCUGCCAGCGGCUCCUCUUCUAUACAAGUUCACGACACCACGUCCUCCGAAUUUCCCCUCGUUCAAACUCUACACGGCGUGCACCCACUCGGAAUCCACCAUCUUGUCACUGCCAAAGACGCCCGUCGGGCUGCAAGCGCAGGCUUCGAGGGCAAGGUGAAAGUUUGGAGCGAAGGGGACAACGGGCAGUGGACGGCAGAUGGGGAGAUAACUGAUGGACUGAAAGCUGGCGACGUUUGGGCUAUUGCUCUAAGUGCGGAUGGGCUGUAUCUGGCGAGCAGCAGUAUCAAUGGCAAGGUACAUGUCUGGAGUCUGAAUGAGCCGAAUAUGCCCAAGAUCAGGGAAUACGAAACAAAGGGCAGCUUUGGCAUAUCGGUAGCAUUGAGCCAAGAUGGACGCUUCACUGCCUCUGGGCAUGAAAAUGGCUCCAUCUACGUCUUCAACAACGAUACUGGUCGUCUCGCACACUCUCUUGCUGGUCUAGUCCACCCCGUUCGUAGUGUGGCAUUUUCUCCAGCUUCCAAGCUAUUGGCUGCGGGUGGAGAUGCACGGAUUGUGGCAUUAUAUGAUGUCACUUCAGGCGAACAAGUUGCGAACUUUACCGGCCAUAGUGGUUGGGUAUUAUCACUGGAUUGGAGUGAUACUGGAGAGUACUUGUUGUCCGGCUCGCAUGAUUCCAAGGCCAAAGUAUGGCGUAUCGAAACUCGAACCUGCGUCGCUACGCACUCUCAUGGAGACAAGCCGUUGUGGUCAGUAAAGUGGCUACCGAAGAACACGAGGAGCGAGAUGUUUGCAUUAGGAGGCGGCAAUUCUGCCAUCAGUCUCUACAGGGAAGCUGCCGGUUGA